AUGAUACACUUCCAUUCUAAGAACGCUUCACCUGCUCUAGAACCAUCGAAGAAGCAAGUACUGAAGCUCGAUGAUUAUAUCGCUCAACGUGAUUAUGUGGGUGCCAUUGCUUUUCUCGAAUUUUGUCGAGAGAAUGACACAAAAAUAGACGAUCUCGAUCAUUGGUUGGCAUUUGCCGCUUUUCAUACAGGAGAUUAUCGACGUGCGCGUGGUGAAUAUGACAAUCUUCUAAAAAGAGAUCACCAUGAUGGUCGAAUCUACGUCUACCUAGCGUGUUGUUACUUUAUGUUGGGAAAUUAUGAACAAGCCGAGCAAACUGCAUUGAAAGCACCAGAAUCGUCUCUGCAAACACGACUUCUAUUUCAUAUUGCACACAAACAAAAUCAUCAAGACAAAUUUCAACAUUAUCAAAAUCAACUUCAAGAUGAUGUCCAGAAUCAAAUGUGUCUCGCUAGUAUGAAAUAUAUGAAACAUGAAUACCAUCAAGCACUUAAUAUAUACAAACGGUACUUAUUAAAAAAUCGAGAUUAUUUGGCGUUGAAUGUUUAUGUUUCACUUUGCUAUUAUAAAUUAGAUUAUUUCGAUAUGUCACAAGAAUUACUCGACAUCUAUUUGAAGAAAUAUCCGGAUUCAGUGACAGCUGUGAACAUUCAGGCAUGUAAUCAGUACAAGUUAUACAAUAGAAAAAGAGCUGAAAAUGAUCUCAAACAACUUCUUGAUAAUGUUAAUAUCUCAUUUCAUCAUGCAAAAGAAAUAUUUCAGCAUAAUAUGACUGUGUUUCAAGACGAUCCAGAUGCGUUCCGAGUAUUUAAUGAAUUGAUCGAUGUGAUUCCUGAAGCACGUUAUAAUCUAGCCAUAUACCAUCUCAAACAAGACAAUUGUGAGCAAGCGUUUGAGUUGAUGAAAAAUGUCGAACCAAAUGACGCGAUUGAAUACAUUUUGCAAGGUAUUGUUCAUGCUAACUAUGGGCAGAAACAUCGCUCACAUGAGCAUAUCAAACAAGCUCAAACGUAUUUUCAAACUAUCGGUAGUUCUCCUCUCGAAUGCGAUACAAUCCCGGGUCGACAAUGCAUGGCUGCUUAUCACUUUCUUCAUCAACGGUUUUAUGAUGUUUUAGUCUACUUAAGUUCAAUUAAAGUCACUUCAUUCGCACACAAUACGCUUUUCACUGAUCAUCUGCAUUCUUUUCAGGCUUAUUUUCCUAAUGAUGAUACAUUCAACUUCAAUUAUGCACAAGCCAAAGGUUCGGAACAGAAAUGGCAUGAAGCAGAAGAGGCGUUGCUUCUUAUUGCACGAUGCCAUAUUCAGAACAAUAAACCACAUCUUGCUUGGGAACUCUAUCUCAAAUUCGAUCGUUCGAAAAAUCCAUUGUCAUUUCUUGAAUUGAUCGCAAAUGACUGUUACAAACAUAGAUACUAUUUGUACUCUGCUUGUGCUUUUCAUCGUUUGCAACAGAUUGACCCCAAUCCAUUGUAUAGGAAUGGUAAACAGGGUGCUUGUGCAGGAUGCUUUCAGCAAAUCAUCGUUGGUCGAGAAUCAAGAAGUAAACUACACGAUCUGUUGCCAUUAUUACGAAACUCGCAGUACCCGGAAGAAGAUCAAAUGCUUACAGUAAUCCGAUCAUGGGCGAAAAGAAAUAACGCUGGUAUAUGA